AUGGCAGCCGUCCGACGCAGGGCAAUUUCGCCCGCCCCUCACGCUCCUUUGUCUGCGCACCAUUCCCCUGCCAACCCCUCGCUCGGCCUGGUGAAGCCAUCCAACGGCGGCGGCAGGUGUCUUAACAAUCCAUCUUUGUCGGCUGACCGUCCAGCCAAAGGCAUCAGCCACGUCUCCGCCCUAUUCCCACGCCAACUGCUUGUUGCCGUCACUACGGCGCAGCCUGAAGAGCCAGUGGGAGACCAAUUCCAAGCCUGGCUCGACUUUCGAUUCCCCCCAGUCCGAAACUGCUUUUGCAACCAGCAACCCACCAGCGCUUUAGCCAACUCUGCGGGCGGCCGUCGGCAACUCCCCAAUUCUCGUCCUAUCCAGCCACGCGGCAACCGACUGGACCCUUUCUUGCAUCGCACGGCCCAGGCUCGCGAUUGCACCAGCUCUUUCAAUCUUCAACCGCUUGGGUCCACGCCUACAGCUGACCUCGAUCGAGCCCAGUUCAUCACUUUGCCCUUCGACCAGGAUCGCCUGUCUAGCCCGUCGCGAAGGUCGGAUCCUGUCAAACGCGCCACUGGGACCCCUCGCAACACAAUUCCACGUGCGCCUUGUGCCCCCUGCAGUAUGUGGGCCGAGGUCGAUGGAGAGCGCAAGAAAGUCGCCUGUGGUCCCUGCAUUCGAGGCCAUCGGUCUUCAAAAUGCGACCACAGAGACCGAGUCCUGGUGGAAGUUCGGAAACCUGGUCGUCCAUUAAGCAGCUGCCCCCACCCAAGCGGUUCAUGCAGCUGUGAACGUGUUGUUAUCAAUUACACGAUCCCCAAGGCUUCGGAAUGCGCCUGCCCAGCGGAGCGUGCACAGCCUACUGCAACCGUUGUCGGUAACAGCCGUAUCCAGAAGCCCAGGAGAAGAUCUGCGGUUAACACGGCUUCACUGGAAAAGGCAUUGCGAAUAGGCCAGGACACGGAAACAGACACUUCUUCGACUAUACGCACUCCAACCGAGGAAAGCGCAAGUAAUGAAGCAUCGCCACCAUCCAGUGCAAGCUCGACGCCUCACAUACUACCCCUGCAAAAUGAAGGUGCUUCAAGCUGUUGCAAACAAAAAUCACAACUGCCAUCAAUACCGAAAGCGAAUUGUUGUAGUAGUAGCAGCAACAACAACAGCAGCAAAAAGCAGUCUCAGGCUGAAUCCGCGCCGGUAAAGACAUGUUGCGCUGGUUCAAGCGUUCCAGCCAACACGGUACGGCAACCCUCCGCAUAUCCACAUUACGGACAGCAAUUCCAGUUUCAGACCCAACCUCCAGUACCAAACCCGCACUUUCGCCAAUUCCAGCAACAUGUGUCGUCAGCGGCAGGCCUUCCAUACACUCUCGGUGUUCCAAUUUACAAUCACGCAGCCGCAGCAUACCACCAACAACCUCCACCUCCACCUCCGCCCGUAUCAAUACCAAUGAACGCAGUUCCCUCGCACGCCAGCGCUCCUGGCGGGCAACAAGCUCCCAAACACAAUUGCCACUGUGGAGAUUCAUGUAGCUGUUUUGGAUGCGCUGCCCACCCCGAUAACGCGACCAUGAUGGAAUACGUACGACUGAUGGCCCAGUUCCAAUACACUGGUGGCUUUGGAACCAUGUCUCCUCCUCUGUACGACAUGCCGACGUACCCCCACCACCCAGGGUUUGGCGCUGAAGCCAAUCAACCAGUGAAUUAUCCAGCUAUAUCACAGACGAUGGCGGCCCCUACACCUACGCGGAUGAACUACCCACCAAAUGUGGAGAUGUCGAUUCUACCCCAUGCAGCGAUACCCUACUCGGGACCUUGGCAAAGACCGCCUGUCCUUGUGACAGCGAUGCAGGGAUCUCGUUAUUUGGAGCCAGGCAGUUAUACGCUGGCGAGCCCCAUGGAAGGCCAGACGCCGCAAAAGGUGGAAGAGGGAAGGACUACACCGAUCGCUGAAAGCCCCAGUGAUGGUAGCCGAGAGGACGACACUUCGACACUAUCCCCAUCAUCAUACUUCUGGAACCAGAUGACGCUACCCAGCUGUUCCGACGCAACGGGUACAUGUCAAUGCAGCGACGGUUGCGCCUGCAUGGGCUGUCUCACCCACGGCGGCCACAAUGGUUUGCAUCUCGACGAGCCGAUCAUGAACGAGCAUGACAACUUUCCGGAAUACACUGCGGAUCCCAACCUCAACCUGAACGAGUCCACGGCAGCGGCAGCGGCAGCAGCGGCAGACUUCAUGCAAUUUCACGCAUCAGCGCCAACAUGA